AUGUUAAAAGUUGAAGGCCGCGCACUUAAUCAAUAUUCCAAUGAUCUAUCCGCAUUUGAACGGCAACGUUUACAUGCCGACAACUACCGAAAUUUGAAAGAAAGUGACCAUGAUUUCGAUGAAGGUGAAUAUGUCCAUAGCAAACGCAAAAGUGAUUUUCUGUUAUCUUUAUAUGGUUUGCCGUAUACCCUUGUCAACAAACGUGCUUUUGAGUAA